AUGGCCGAAAUCCCGCCAAACAACCCCAAUCAUCCCCGGUGGCUGCUUGAUCUCGAGAAUUGGGCAAUCCGUGACUAUCGAGAGAUCGAAGACGAGGUUCUGCAGAACGGGUACGGGAUUAUCUCCUAUACCUGGGGUAGAUGGGCCUCUUGGAAUCAGGUCCCUCCGGAUGUGCCAGCAGGGCUACAGUGGCCAGUUCCCCUUGUCGAAGUCCUACCUUUGGGACUGGCUAGGCGGGUAGUUUCCAGUAUGGGCAUUCAAUACGUGUGGUGGGACUGGAUGUGUGUUCCACAAGGCAAUGCAAGCACUUUACAACCAGAGCUGUUGGAGGCCAAAGGACAAGAGGUUGGGAAGCAGAUGGUAAUUUACCAAGGAGCAAAGAGAAGCAUCGUAUGGCUUCACCAGACGACUUGGGGCAAGGAAUCUCCGGUCGAGAAAUUGCUGAAGAAUCAGAUACCAAAGCAGAACCUCCCCGAAUACUUGGCUGCCGUUGAUGGUCUACUCCAAGAUAUUCAGGCAGCUGAGCCUUGGCUGACCUCUGGUUGGACACUACAAGAAGGCGUUCUUCUCAGUGAAACCCUCUUGUUGGACCACGAAGGGGAGGCGCUACGCGAUGAACGUUUCCUUCACAAUCAAGGCCAGGCGUCUGUCCUGGACCUCACAGCCGGUCUCACAACAUUCGCAAUCCACAUUGCCACAGCUUUCCUGAAGAUGAGUGAGACGCAAGACGGGGGUGAUUACGACGAAGUAGUCCAGUUUAUCCGUGCCUCGGACGCGAAUUACCAAAACGUUGCUCAAUUCCUCGGUCGUCUCCUGCGCUCAGGCUUGAUCGCCUAUACUAAGAAGUCUCCGCUGUACAUUCUAGCCGGCAAAUUUUCGCGCAACUAUGGCGUUCAAGAGGAUCAGUGCUGGGCCUUGCUGGGAGCACUGGAGCUAGCGAAUGUCACGCCCUGGUACAGCAAUGUUGCAGACAUGGACCGGGUUAAGUCUGUUUUCUUUGCAAAUCUGCUCCAGGAGCAUCAGUGGUCCACGCUGCUUGUGGCCGGUGCAGGUGAAGGCGAAGGGGAACAAAAGAUUUCUCAGCUACCAUGGCACCUGAAAGUGACCGAUGGGAAUUAUUUGCCUCUGGGAAUAUUCUUUGACGUCAAUUGGAAGCCAGACCUCCCGGGUCUGUCGUGGACUUACCCUUCACCGCUAGUGAAAGAUGCCAUUCACAUCCAGACCAAGACUGGGGCGCCAUUUGCAGUCCUCAAAGCCCGUGACAAUGGUUCUGCGCUCUGCAGGCGCUAUGAACAGCUCCCAACUGCGGACGAGGCAGGCUCGAUUCGAAUUCUACCUGUUGGGCCCUUGGAGCCCUCCAAGGCGCUGUUCUUCCCAAUUGCAGAUCUGGAGAGUAGGCCAAACAUGCCAGGGUCACGCUGCAUCGAAAUCAUUCCUACUGAGACAGGGGCUCAUCCCGCCGGUAUAUUCAGAGGAGUAAUUGAUAUUUGGGCAACUGAAGCUACUUUCGAGAAGCUUCACUACACCAAACUUUCAAUGCUGAGCGGAGUCUGA